GAGUCGCGGGCUCCGGGACUGAGGUUCAGAAUCUUCGAACUACCCCUCUCUGGAGCUUGGGUUCUGGAGGUGUGCCGGAGUUGAUGCCGGUGUGUUGCUCGAGGAAGGGGCGCGAGCCGCAGUUGCGCCUUGGGAUUUGAAGACCACAUUGCCGCGGCUUGGAGAUCACUUGUAGGAGAUAAGGCUGCUUCCACUGCCUGUUUUUCCGGGUGCCCGGAGUCCUAACCCCAGCCCUAGUCCUCUCCAGCGGCGCACUUGACUGCGGGGUUCGCGAACCCUGGAGGGGUGGAGGAGGAGCUCGAUCCCGGGAGACGCGAGGUGCAAAGCGAGCUGGGCUGCGGGUUCCUUCUCUUACCGCCGCCCUCUACCCCUACUCAAUCUGCGCUCACCGCCGGGGUGCAGAGGCUGGCACCGCCCUGCGGAGCUGGGGGCCGGAGCCACCUCGCUUAGCCCCUAGCGGCGUCUAUAGAGGCGCCCUCGGCAUCGCGCGCCCCCCAGCCAGCUUGUUCUCCACGAACCAUGGCUUUUGCCAACUUCCGCCGUAUCCUAAGGCUGUCCACCUUCGAGAAGAGAAAGUCCCGGGAAUAUGAGCACGUUCGUCGGGAUCUGGAUCCAAACGAAAUGUGGGAGAUCGUCGGGGAGUUGGGCGAUGGAGCCUUCGGUAAAGUUUACAAGGCCAAGAACAAGGAGACGGGCGCAUUGGCUGCUGCCAAAGUCAUUGAAACCAAGAGUGAGGAGGAGCUGGAAGAUUAUAUAGUGGAGAUAGAAAUCCUGGCUACAUGUGACCACCCAUACAUAGUGAAGCUGCUGGGGGCCUUUUACCAUGAUGGGAAGUUGUGGAUCAUGAUUGAGUUUUGUCCCGGUGGAGCAGUGGAUGCCAUCAUGUUAGAGUUGGACAGAGGGCUCACAGAGCCUCAGAUCCAAGUAAUCUGCCGUCAGAUGCUGGAAGCCCUUGCCUACCUACAUAGUAAGAAGAUCAUCCACCGUGACCUGAAGGCUGGCAAUGUGCUGAUGACCUUGGAAGGAGACAUCAAGCUGGCUGACUUUGGUGUAUCUGCCAAGAAUCUGAAAACCUUGCAGAAACGAGAUUCCUUCAUAGGAACACCUUACUGGAUGGCUCCUGAGGUGGUGAUGUGUGAGACCAUGAAAGAUACCCCUUAUGACUACAAGGCUGACAUAUGGUCCUUGGGCAUCACGCUCAUCGAGAUGGCCCAGAUAGAGCCCCCUCACCAUGAGUUGAAUCCGAUGCGAGUCCUCUUGAAGAUUGCCAAGUCGGACCCCCCUACGCUCCUCACACCAUCCAAAUGGUCCUUGGAGUUCCGGGACUUCCUGAAGACUGCUCUGGAUAAGAAUCCAGAGACCCGGCCCACUGCUGCACAGCUCUUAGAGCAUCCCUUUGUCAGCAAAAUCACCAGCAACAAAGCUCUCCGGGAGCUGGUCGCUGAGGCGAAGGCUGAAGUGAUGGAGGAAAUCGAAGACAAUAGGGAGGAAGGAGAAGAUGAUGACUCAACAGAAACAGUAUCUCCUUCAGGGAUGCACACAAGGGACUCUUCAGAAGUGAGCCAACUGAGUUUUGAUGGGGAGAAGCUCCCAGAGAUAUCAGCUCCAGUCGACACUGAGCCCAAAGGCAGCCUAGAUAAGCCCAGUGACAAGCCUUUGGUUGGAGAAAUUGCCACUAUCCAGGUAGAUGAUGGCAACUCCAUUCAAACUACAAGCAGUUCUGACCUGCCUGGAAAUGAGGACAGCAAAGCUGGACCUACAGCCCCAGGGAAAUAUCGAUUCAGUGCCCCGCCAGGAUUCUUGGAUGCCAAAGUUUCAACCAUGGAGGAGAAACCUUUUUCCAACCAUCAGAGCAAUGACGUGGACAUGGCUACCAACAAUAGCAAGAAGGGAAAUCGAAGCCGGCCCGCCAGCAGUGUCCUGGAGAGCUUAGUGGGAGAAAAGAUUGCCAAUGGGACUCUGGAACCUCCUGCUCAAAUUCCGCUUGGUAAAUCCAAGAGAGACUCAGACUGUGGGAGCCUCUCUGCCUCUGAGAGCAUGGAUUACAGUGUCUCCCUCUCCACUGACUUGUCUCUGAACAGGGAGACGGGUUCAUUGUCUCUGAAGGAAUCCAGGCUGCACAACAGAACCCUGAAGCGUACCCGAAAGUUUGUUGUGGACGGCGUGGAGGUCAGCAUCACCACGUCCAAGAUCAUCAGUGAAGACGAGAAGAAGGAUGAAGAGAUGAGAUUUCUCAGGCGCCAAGAGCUCCGAGAGUUGCGUCUGCUCCAGAAGGAGGAGCACCGUAACCAGACCCAGCUGACCAGCAAACAUGAGCUGCAGCUGGACCAGAUGCAGAGACGCUUUGAGCAAGAAAUAAAUGCCAAGAAGAAAUUCUAUGACACAGAACUGGAGAACCUGGAACGGCAGCAGAAGCAGCAGGUGGAGAAGAUGGAGCAGGAGCAUUCGCUCCGCCGGCGGGAGGAGGCGAAGAGGAUCCGGACUGAGCAGGAGCGGGAGUACGCCCAGUUCCAGGAGCAGCUCAAGAUGAAGAAGAAGGAGGUGAAGAAUGAGGUGGAGAAACUGCCUCGACAGCAACGGAAAGAGAGCAUGAAGCAGAAGAUGGAGGAGCACACGCAGCAAAAACAGAUUCUGGACAAAGAGUUUGUUGCUAAACAGAAGGGAGACUUGGAGUUAGCUAUGAAAAGGAUCACAGCUGAAAAUAGACGGGAGAUCUGUGACAAAGAGAGGGAAUGCCUGAAUAGGAAGCAAGAGCUUCUUCGAGACCGGGAGGCCUCCCUCUGGGAGCUUGAAGAGCAUCACCUACAAGAAAGACACCAGCUUGUCAAGCAGCAGCUGAAGGACCAGUAUUUCCUCCAAAGGCAUGAACUGCUCCGAAAGCACGAGAAGGAGCGGGAGCAGAUGCAGCGUUACAAUCAGCGAAUGAUAGAACAGCUAAAGGUCCGGCAGCAACAAGAGAAGGCCCGUCUCCCCAAGAUCCAGAGAAGUGAAGGCAAGACUCGAAUGGCCAUGUACAAGAAGAGUCUCCAUAUCAAUGGUGGUGGGAGCGCGUCAGAGCAGAGGGAGAAGAUUAAGCAGUUUUCCCAACAGGAAGAAAAAAGGCAGAAGGCUGAGCGGCUGCAGCAGCAACAGAAACAUGAGUCCCAGAUGAGAGACAUGAAUACCCAGUGUGAGGGCAACAUGAGCGAGCUCCAGCAGCUCCAGAAUGAAAAGUGUCACCUCUUAGUAGAGCAUGAAACCCAGAAGCUGAAGGCCCUAGAUGAGAGCCAUAACCAGAACCUGAAGGACUGGCGGGAAAAGCUUCGGCCUCGGAAAAAGGCUCUGGAAGAUGACUUGAACCAGAAGAAACGUGAGCAGGAGAUGUUCUUCAAAUUGAGUGAAGAGGCCGAGUGCCCGAAUCCCAACUCACCGAGCAAACUUGCCAAGUUUUUCCCAUACAGCUCCUCGGAAGCUUCCUAAAGUACAACUGUAUGAGGCAUCAGGCUUCCAUAACUCAGGGCCUAUAACAUCCAUUGCUUCCAGAAUGCCAACCUAACUUUAGAACCCUGAACUCUCUGCCUUAGCUGUGCUAAGAAUUUCCCUCUCCUGGUUCCUGAUUUUUCUUAGUCAUAACAUGGAUGAAUUUUUUAUAUGUGUCCUUACCUUAUUCUGCGUCACCCGUUGUCAGCUGAUACCCCCAAAGCAUUUAUUUGCUUCACCUGAAGAUCUAAGUCAUCUUCAUUUUGGGUACUGGUGGGAUUGAAGGCCAAGAGAAGGGGCAAAUAACGUGUGGAUUAGAACUCCCUUCCUGGUAUCCAAAAGAUAGUGAUUUUGCUCCCUGGAGGGAGUCCAAUUCUGCUUUGGAUUGGAGUGUUAGAUAUAACGCGCCCUGUCGGGUCCAACACUUUGAGCACGGAAGUUGGCUCUUUCCUGUUGAAAUUCUAGGUGGUCUCUUUGUUCAGUUGUUCCAUCUUCUUUAUUCCACGUGUCCUGUUUUGUGUUGGAAGAGGGGUCUCAAAAAGGAAUCAUCCAUAUGCACCAGUCAUUUUGGAGCUGAAUGAUGUAGUCAGAGGGGGAUUUCUCUAGCUUUGUGUCUUUAUAAUUCUUCAUAAUUGAUUAGCCCAGACUUCUUUCCCUUUGCAGGUGGGUAGAGGGAGGGGAAAGAAUGCCAUUGGCUCAUGUUCAGAAAAGAAGAGUCUGCUGGAGUUUUCAUCACUUUAUGCUUGAGAGUGUUUUGUGCCAUUUGUAUAAAUAGGCUUCUGCCAUCCAAUAUAGGCUGGGCCUGUUGGGUAUAUAAUAUGCCACUGUAAGUGGCCUGUUCUGAGCAGGAAGAUGUUAUGUGUACCUGAAGGUAUUCUCAUCUAAGAUCACAAAUUAUUUGCUGUCAAGCCUAGACUUUAGAUAAGUAAGAAGCCAAUAAGAAGAAAAGCUGCCUGUUGGCAUUAUAGGUAGCAGAGGAAGAAAAAGGGAUGCGUUUCAUCACAGCUCAGUUUUCUCUUCAGGUAUACAUCAAACCAGUAAAUGGUUCAUACUGUGAUGUUUUCUUACCAGCAUUCCACGAAUGUUGGCAUGGGCAAAAUACGAGGCUUUCUUACUGUGCCGGUGCUCUGACAUCACCACCAUUGUUAGUUCAGAAAGCCAUCAGCACCCAAAAGCAGCUAGCAAACUCUUGAACUUCUUUUCUUCUCUCCAGGAAGAAAGUAGCAGGAGAAACUGAGGUAAAUGUGAGGCACAGGCUUCAGCUGGAAUAAUUUUGUAGCAUCCAGUUCUACUUCCAUUUAUUGGAGCUUUUUUUUCCUACUUGCUUUCUGCCUGUGACACUGUUUUUUGAGCCAUGAGACACUUUUAAAGAUACAGUUCUGAGUCACAAAUGGAAUACCAAGAUGCCAAUGUAUCCUUUAAACUGGUCCCAAGAUUCUGAUCAUCAGAGAAUUCAGUCUCAAUGUGAAAAUAGAGAGUAGCUGUAACUGUGCUCAAAUGAUUUUCUGAGGAAUUCUCCCUUUUUCUUUCACUGUCUUUUAGGUUUUCAGUCAACACUGAAACAAAAUAAUUUGGGGGCUCAGUUCUAGGAAAUAUAUGGAUAUACUGUAGUCUGGUCAUCCAUUCUUCUGCAUCUGGUAAUAAAGAGAUCAGUAAGAUCUCUAGAAGAUCACUUUAUUUUGGCUCAGACUACCACCAAAGUGUAUGCUUAACACUUUGCAUUUUAAAACAAACACUGGCUGUACUGGUUGGGAUUGAUUUUUUGGGGGGGAGGAGGGGGCGGCAGGAAGACUAUCAAACCGCUCAAUGUUGAUUGAGUGUUUCGGGACGUUCAAGUUUUUCUUGAUGCGUAAAGCAAAUGUCCGGUGAAGACGCUUUGCAGGAAGACAUUAGCUUUAUCAUAAUAUUCAUGCUUUAAGGCGAACGUUCAUUUCUUUGACAACUGGCCUAAAUAUGAGUUUUAGGCAUCAGUGAUAAAUGUGUUUAGUAUUAAAUCAGUGCUUUGGAGGAAGGCCCUCUGUCACGCUCCAACAUACUACAUCACUUUCCCCUAUUUCAUUAGGUUCCAUAGUAAUUGCAUAGCUGUUAGGAAGAUUAAAGUUUUAAGUGGCAGUAUGAAAAAAAAAAAAGAAUAGAAAUCCACUUCAGUCAAAUGAUGCCAACUUCAAUGUAAGGUCAGGCGGAUGUGGCUCGGUCCUUUGUUUACAAGUUUUCAUUUUGUGAUUAUGAAUGUGUGUGGUGAAGCAAAAAGUAAAUUGCUAACUUAAUGACUUGAGUGAGAAAUCCUUCAUUUGGUUUUUCUUUUUUUGGGGGGGAUGGGGAACUUAAUGUAGUUGCUUCAGGAUUGCCUGUAUCCCCUAAUUUUUGUGCCUUUCCCACAUACUCUGAUUAGUUUCACAGAAUUAUGGUUGUACCAACACACAAUUUUGAUCUCUGAGAAGGCAGGCAAGCACAGUACUGAGCAGUUUUUUCUUAAAAACAAAACAACCCAACUGAAAGGUUCCCCCACCCCCCCCUUUUAGGUAAUCUUUAUUAAAGUAAAUGAAACUAACUUAUAUUUUCUCUUUUUAAGAGAGAGAGAGGUUAUUUUUAUGUAGUUCCAAUACUUUAUUCAAAGCCGUUUUGUAAAGUGUUUGCCGUGGAAUAAUCAUGGUUUACCUAAGUAAGCUUCUAAUAAAGUAACAAGGUGAAAAACUA